AUGACUGGCAGAGUAUUUAUGGUGACGGGAGGCGGUGGGUGUGGUGGAGCUAAGCGCUCAAAACCAGCUGUGGCUGCUGAGACGGCGGCCGACAACAGCGGCAACAAGAACCUCUCUCUUCUGGAUUUCGUGGUGUCCGCUCUCAGAAAAUCAAUGGUGUCAAAGUGUCGGCAAGACCAGGAGGCGAUAACCCCCGUCCAUCAUCAGAUGGAGAUCGGCUGGCCCACCGACGUCCGCCACGUAACCCACGUCACCUUCGACAAGUUCCAUGGCUUCUUGGGCCUCCCCGUCGACUACGAGGUUGAGAUCCCAUGUCAACCUCCCAGCGCUAGUGUGAGUGUAUGUGGUGUCUCGGCCAAUUCAAUGCAGUGGUCUUAUGACACAAGAUGCAAUAGCGUGCCAACUAUUCUGUUAAUGAUGCAAGAGAGAUUAUAUGCAUUGGGUGGUCUAAAGGCUGAAGGAAUUUUCCGGAUAAAUCCAGAAAACGGUAAAGAGGAGUAUGUGAAGGCCCAGCUCAGCCGAGGCAUUGUGCCCCAAAACAUCGAUGUCCACUGCUUGGCUGGCUUGAUCAAAGCCUGGUUUCGGGAGCUGCCGAAUGGUGUUCUUGAUGGGCUUUCGCCUGAACAAGUGUUGCAAUGCAAUAAGGAAGAGGAGUUUGUCGGGCUCAUCAAGCAGCUCAAGCCAACCGAGAGUUGCCUGCUCGAAUGGGCUAUCGAUCUCAUGGCCGAUGUUGUCGAGCAAGAGGAGUCCAACAAAAUGAAUGCGAGAAAUAUUGCUAUGGUUUUUGCGCCCAAUAUGACUAAGAUGUCAGAUCCGCUUACCGCUCUCAUGCACGCUGUUCAAGUAAUGAACUUACUGAAGACCCUAAUCUUGAAAAAGCUUCGUGAACGUAAGGAGGCAGCAGCCACCACCACAAGGUCCAAACCACUAUCAUCCUCUCAUUUCACUGAUCGACAACAACUGAUGGAUUCAAGCUGUGAGUCAACCUGUCAAGAUUCGGAUAAUGAUGAUGAGGAUGAAGUUGAAGUCGAGUCACUCGCAAGUGAAAUCGAAGACCGUUUCGUAAGACCGUCUGAUGAGAACGAAAACCCGAGAAAAGAUGACUUCAGAAAACAGUUGGAGAGAAUAUUGUGCAACAGAGAAAACGCAAGCCCGAUAAGAAAGCAUAAUAGGUUUUACGCGGAUUCUUGUGUUUCAUUUUCGGACAGUAGGGUCGGGAGCUCGUGCAUUAGCACGAGCGAUGAUGAUGAGGCGAGGUUGAGCUCGAUCGCUUUUAGGUCUAGAGAUGGAUGCAAAAAGAGAAGUCGACAUGGUAGUAGGGACCGCCAGUAUCUACUGACAAACAAUUCUGGACCAACACGUCUGAGUGAGGAUGAUCAAGCAGCUCGGCAUCCUUCGUCCGACAGAAGUUGGCCUGGGACCCGAGCUCCGAAUUUGUUGUCCAGCAUUGUAUGUCUUCCUGGCGUAAGCCUUUCCCUGUCUUCUAGAGAUGACAUGUUCGCCUCGGCUAGUAUUGACGAGACGAACAGGGCCGUGACUACGACAAUAUCGUGCCUCACCGAUUUGCUCCUUAGAAGCUUUUCUCUUAGGUCGGGUUUGGCUUUCGCCCUUUCCAACCAUUGGAACACUGACAGUGACGUGGAUUUCGUGUUCCACGUAGGCUUUGACAGGCUUUCCCCCAUCCUCUCGGUUCGUACCCGAUCGGAGGUUUUGUCCUCCGUAGUCCUUUGGUGA